AUUGUAUGAUUCCAUUUAUAUGUUACAGAAUAUGCAAACUAAUCUAUAGUGACAGAAAGUAUAUUGGCAAUUGCCAGAGAUGGGGAUAGAAAGAAGGAUGGACUAAAAGGGGCACAAGAAAACUUUUAGGGGUGAGGGAAAUGCUUGUUAUCUUGAUUGUGGUGAUGGUUUCACAGGUGUAUACAUACACAAAAACUGAGCAAAUUAUAUACUUUAAAUACAUGUAGUUUAGGAUGCUUCAAUACAGUUAGGAGAAAAAUUUGUAAGACCCUAAAUUCUAUCUGUUGUGUCUUUUAGGAAGCAUAAAAGAAAAAAUUUCAAACUAUGGUAAUAAGAAUGCACUUGGAGCUCAAAACAUGAGCCAGUUUCGAGCCACAAAGUCUGGAUUUCUCAUUUGCACAGUCAUUUGCAUCUUCAUUUUUCUUUAUUUAAGGACUCCAACUCAUGAGGAACCAGAGGAGGAACCCACCUAUCCAGUAGUAGUGGAAUGUGGCUUUUAUCCAGAUGAACUGUGUUCAGCUUUAUUUGAAGGGAAAGGGGCAGCCCCCCAAAUUGCAAAAUUUUGUAAAAACCCAUAUAGAUCUGAAAUACUUGCUCAUUUACACAAACCAGGAAAUUGCUCCAGGAUUUCCCAGGGGUUGCAUUUCAUAACCAGACCCCUGUCUGCAGAAGAGGGCAAUUUCUCUCUGGCAUACAUUAUAACUAUUCAUAAGGAGCUGGCCAUGUUUGUGCAGCUUCUCAGAGCUAUUUAUGUACCUCAAAAUGUUUACUGUAUUCAUGUUGAUGAAAAGGCCCCAAAGAAGUAUAAGACUGCUGUGCAAACCUUGGUUAGCUGUUUUAAAAACAUUUUUAUUUCAUCAAAGAGAAAGAAGGUUGCUUAUGCUGGCUUUACGAGACUGCAGGCGGAUAUUAAUUGUAUGAAAGAUCUAGUGCAUUCCAAAUUUCAAUGGAACUACGUCAUUAAUCUCUGUGGACAAGAUUUUCCAAUCAAAACCAACAAAGAAAUCAUACACUAUAUCAAAAGCAAAUGGAAUGAUAAAAAUAUCACUCCCGGAGUAAUCCAACCACCAAACAGUAAAUCCAAGACAAGACAAAGUCAUCCCAAAUUCAGUCCUGAAGGAAAUAUCUAUGUAUCUCCAAAUAAAAGAUUCAAAUAUGAACCACCCCACAACUUAACAAUUUAUUUUGGAAGUGCUUACUAUGUACUUACGAGAAAGUUUGUAGACUUCAUACUAACUGACAUUCGUGCAAAAGACAUGCUUCAGUGGUCCAAAGAUAUCUACAGUCCAGAGCAACACUACUGGGUGACCCUGAACCGACUAAAAGAUGCUCCGGGUGCUACACCAAAUGCUGGCUGGAAAGGAAAUGUUCGAGCCAUUAAACGCAGAAAUGAGGAAGGACAUAUUCAUGAUGGAUGUAAAGGCUAUUAUGUCCAAGAUAUCUGUGUUUAUGGACCAGGAGACUUGCCAUGGAUCAUUCAAUCACCUUCUCUGUUUGCCAACAAAUUCGAGCCCUCAACAGACCCACUUGUGGUUACAUGCUUAGAGAGGCGGCACAGACUGAAAGUCCUAAGGCAGGCAGAAGUUCCUGUAGAGCCACACUGGCGUUUUCAACAGGAGAGUCAUUUUAACAUGAAACUGAACAGCUGAGGAGUGUUUGCUUUCUUACUGGUAUCAUUCCAUUUCCUUAACUUGGAAUAAGAGAACAUGGAACUGAAAAAGAAAGAACAGGAAAAUGAUACAAAUAUAAAUUAUCCCUAAAUACAAAUAAGAAUGGAAAAUGAUACAAAUUACUCUUAAAAUGAAUUCAGAAACAUGUUAUUGACAAGACUUUACUACUGAUUAUAGGCCACUUUUAAUAGCUUUGGGAAAGGAAUCAUAAGAGAAAAAAUAAUUCAAGCUACCACUGGUGACAUGUACAUAAGUAUCCAGAAGGCCAUCAGUUGCUGAAAACCAAAAUUCUCCAAAAGCUUAGAUCCAGGUUCAAACUGGAGUAAGGAAAAUACAUCUUGUUUUGAAGUCCUGGAUACUACUGUGUAUCACCUUUCGUACUGCUCACAAGUUUUCUCCCAUGUUUCACGUGCCAUCUGUUAUGGACCUUAGAUGUCAACACACUGUCUUGUCCAUUAGGGAGAGUAGAAGUUUACCACCAAAUUUGGAAAUGAAAACGUCAAGAAUGAAGAAAGGUGACAUAAUAUUUUCCAGAAAAGGCGAUAUUCUUCUCCUAGCAUGGAAAGACAAGCGGGUUGUCUGAAUGAUAUCAACGAUCCAUGACACUUCUGUCUCGACAACAGGAAAAAAAAAAUAGAAAAACAGGAGAGAACAUUGUAAAACCUGUCUGCAUCAAGGAAUACAACGCCCACAUGAAAGGCAUUGACCGUGUGGAUCAAUUCCUUUCGUGUUGUUCCAUUCUAAGGAAAACGAUGAAAUGGACAAAAAAAGUAGUGUUGUACCUUAUAAACUGUGGACUUUUCAAUUCAUUUAAAGUGUACAACGUCCUCAAUCCACAAGCAAAAAUGAAGUAUAAACAGUUUCUGCUAUCAGUGGUGAGAGACUGGAUAAUGGAUGACAAUAAUGAAGGCUGUCCGGAACCAGAGACAAAUCUGUCCAGCCCUUUCCCUGGGGGUGCAACAGCACCUCAUAAAGAUCUACCCAAAAGGUUGUCAGGUGAUAUGAAGCAGCAUGAACCUACGCGUAUUCCAGCGAGUGGAAAGAAAAAAUUUCCAAGGAGAGCCUGCAGAGUUUGUGCCGCCCGUGGAAAAAGGAGCGAAUCUAGAUAUUUAUGUAAAUUUUGUUUGGUCCCUCUUCAUAGAAGAAAAUGUUUUACGCAGUACCAUACGUUAAAAAAGUACUAGGAAAUUUAAUUGUUUGAUUAGUUUUUUAAUUGUUUAAGUAAAUAAAAAUGUUAUAAUUAUUGAAAAACAACACCUAAAGUGCAUUAUGAUCUGUAGUUAUGAUGAUUUAAAUAACGUGCAGUUUGUCCAAAAACGUGCAGUCCCUGGCGUAUGUCUUAGAGAUUUCUAUGUGGUAUGAGAUAAUUAAUAAAGAAUAAACUCCCAUUGAAAACGAAAAUAUGCUUAUCUAAAACAGUCCUCAUUGGCUGAGAACAACAUAAUUUUGUUCUGGAAAAACACUGGAGUCUAUUUCUUUGGGUAAAAUGAAACUAAUCUGGAGUAGAAGACACAGCUUCUUAAAAAGGCUGCCCCUAAGUGUCUGCAGUCUCACUGCUUCAUCGCUAGUACUUUCUGUGAUGGUGGAGGUGUUCCAUACCUGAGCCAUCCAACACUAACCACAACCACAGGGGCUACUGGCACUGGAAAUGUGGCUAGCAUGAUUGAUGAAGUGAAUCAGUUUGUAAUUGAUUUUAAAAUUUUUAAUUAAUUUAAUGCUAAGUAGGCAAAUGUGGGUAAUGGCUACCAUGCUGAAUAGCACAGCGUAAACAGUUGUGGUUAUCUCUGUUCGCCGGCCCAAGUCUUCUCCCUUAUAAAGUCCAUGAUUUUUUUGUUUUUGCUGCUGUUGUUGUUGAGAACUUUAUAUACAUUCUCUUUUCUAAAAGAGUUCACGGCAUCAUCUAAGACCGAAAUGCACACUAUUAAAUAGUAAAACAUAAAACAACUAAAAAAA